AGUAUCACAAUCCGGAAGUGAGCCUGAAGUGCCAAAGAUGGCGGCGCAGGAACCAAUGGCGAUAGCGAUGCGGCUACGAAAUCAGUUACAGUCUGUAUAUAGACUUGACCCUUUGAGAAAUGAGGAAGAAGCAAAAUUGAAAAUCAAAGACCUGAACGAACACAUUGUCUGCUAUCUGUGCGCUGGGUACUUCAUCGAUGCUACAACUAUAACUGAGUGUCUGCAUACAUUCUGUAAAACCUGCAUUGUGAAGUACCUCCAGACCAGCAAAUACUGUCCAAUGUGCAACAUCAAGAUCCACGAAACACAGCCUCUGCUCAAUCUGAAGUUGGACAGGGUAAUGCAAGACAUUGUCUACAAACUGGUCCCAGGGCUACAGGAGAGUGAAGACAGGCGGAUCAAGGAGUUCUACCAGUCUCGUGGCCUAGAAAGAAUAAUCCAGCCUUCGAACGAAGACGCAGUGCCAGAUGUCGCGGGUCUGCCGUACACCAGCUUCGACCACUCAAAAGCCCACUUCUACCGCUAUGAUGAGCAGGUUUUGCUGUGUUUGGAGCGGCAAAGUACAUCCUCAUCAUUUGGGAAAGAUAAAAACACAUCCGUGCAGCAGAAAUAUGUGCGCUGUUCAGCACGGGCAGAGGUGCGCCACCUGAGGAGGGUGCUGUGCCACCGGCUCUGUGUGGAGAGGCACCAGGUGAGUCUCAAUCAGAUCCAGAUGUUGUUCAACAACGAGUCCUUGCCAGAUCACAUGACAAUGAAGCAGCUGUGGCUCUCUCACUGGUUUGGGAAGGCACAGCCUUUGGUUCUACACUACACAGUCAAGGACAAGAGAUCAAGACAGAACAUGUCAUCUCCUGGAAAAGUUUGCUGAACAUUUCAAAUUCUUUGGGCUAAAAGACUUAAGCAGUGUACAUUUUUGUAUUUUAUAUUAUCUAUUUUGUAAUAUUUCUGUACAGAUAAAUAUGUAUUUUGUUUGUUCUCUGACCUAUAUUUUUAAAUACAUUUUGUGAUUAGUGAAACAAAGUUGAUGCAUUUUGUGGUUUCUUCAAAUGUACAGAUACUGUGGUUGGGCAUCAGCAUAUUUUCAAAGUUUUGUUUUUACAAGUAAUGAUUUAAUUUCCCAAAAACAUAGGUGUCAAACUUACUGCCACAACUGCUUUCAGUGCAUUCUUCAUUCACAAGGAUAAACUACUGAGUUGUCUUCUGUGUUUUGUGAGGUUAGUGAUCUUUUUGGGGAACUUCUGACCAUUCCGGGAAACAGGAACUUCCAUGCUAGAGGAACACCCUCUUAUCCCUCCUACUAUGUUAAGAUUUCAUGGG